AUGCCCGCUGCAACCGAAGCCUUCAAGGCCUGCAAAGAGGCCUUGUCUGAAGCCGUUAUGCUUCACCAUUUCGACCCCAAGGCUCCGCUCAGCGUUGCAGUCGAUGCAUCAGACACCGCCAUUGGCGCCGUCCUGCAGCAAUUCACUGAGGGAUGCUUGAAACCACUCGCUUUCUACUCCCGACGCUUACAACCGGCAGAAGUCAAGUACAGCACGUUCAGCCGCGAACUGCUGGCAGUUUAUUCUACCGUCCGACAUUUCAGGCACGUCUUAGAAGAUAAUUCGUUCGUUAUCUUCACCGAUCAGAAGCCGCUUAUUUACGCCUUUCGAAAUCAAUCAGCUCGACACUCACCACGUGAGGUUCGUCAGCUGGAUUUCGUGGCUCAAUUUUCUACUGACCUCCGACACAUUUCAGGUCAGAAUAACGUCGUUGCUGACGCUCUUUCGCGCGUCUCCGCAAUCCACACCGCUGGCCAGGCAAUCGACUUAUCUGCCAUGGCUACCGCGCAACUAACCGACACUGACUGUCAGAACGUCAAACAAGAUUCUUCGCUACGAAUCACAUCGCAUCCACUGCCGUCAUCUGAUGGCACAAUCUUGUGCGAUACUUCUACUGGACGACCUCGACCCGUCGUUCCAGAAACCUUUCGACGUCUAGUUUUCGACACACUUCAUAACAUCGCUCAUCCAGGCAUCCGAGCCACGAUCAAGCUCAUAUCGGAGAGAUACGUUUGGCUCGGAAUGCAACGCGAUCUUAAGCGCUGGGCACGCGGUUGUCUAACGUGUCAGCAGGCCAAGAUACAGCGGCACGUGUCCGCUUCGCUUGGUCGUUUUCCGCAAGUCUCAGCUCGCUUCGCCCAUGUCCAUCUCGACAUAGUUGGACCCUUGGCACCAUCCAGAGGAAUGGUCUACAUUCUGAUCAUGAUCGACCGAUACCCCCGUUGGCCCGAGGCCGUACCUAUACCCGACGUAUCCGCGGACACCGUAACGCGCGCUUUCGUUGAGCGCUGGGUCGCUUCACAUGGCUGUCCAGCCACCGUGACUACCGACCGCGGUCCGCAGUUCGAAUCCUCGACUUUCAACGAUCUUCUCAAAGUCCUCGGAUGUCAACGCAUCCGGACUACCGCCUCUCACCCGCAAUCCAACGGCAUGGUGGAACGUUUCCACCGACAGCUGAAGGCCUCACUUAGUGCCGCUAAUGCACUAAGCUGGACCGAAGAACUGCCAAUGGUACUACUUGGUAUCCGAUCAGCUCUUAAAGCUGAUAUUCACACGUCCAGCGCCGGACUGGUAUAUGGACAACCUCUUCGACUGCCUGGGGACUUCUUUCCUGGAAACCCCAGAACACCCCGCUACGACGCGAAUUACGCUCGGCAGUUAGCCACGAGCAUGCGCCAUAUCAAAGUAACCGACGUGCGAGAACAACGACGUAAAUCGUUCGUUCCACAAGAUCUACUGCAUUGCGCUUACGUUUUCCUUCGAGUCGACGGUCUACGCAGACCACUCGAACGACCCUACGAAGGUCCAUUUAAGGUUCUUAAAGGUAAGGACCGCGUAUUCGUUGUCGACCGCCACGGCAAACGUGAAACUGUCUCUAUCGACCGUCUCAAGGUUGCCCAUGUGGAACCUGAGAUCGACGAUGACUCCCGUCCACCUACGGACGAGUCAACGCAGCCUAUGAUCGACGACACGCCUACUUCCGAUGCUACGAAGCAUUCUCCGACUAACCCUUCCGACUCAGUUCCUUCCGAUACUAUCGAGCCGAAAGCUUCCUCAUCCGACAAAACUGCUGGAUAGACAACGCCUCCGACCGAACGUCCGAAAUCGACUAGGUCAGGUAGGCGGGUUCACUGGCCAGCGCGAUUAAAA